AUGUUAGCAAAUAACAGGACGAAAGAGUGGCUCAUGUCCAAAACUACCAAGGAAAGAGACAAGAUAAUCAAAAAAGCUUCUAGUGAAACAUCAAAGAAUAGGACAAAAUUUAAAAAGAGGCAUGAAGCCAUAGUUGGGGCACAGGAGGCUGCUAGAGCCGAGAAGCUAAGGCUUGCUAAUCUGGAUGAGGACGUAUAUGAGCCUUCUACAGAAGCAAUUUUAGUGAAAAUGUCGGCUUACGAAGCAAUCCGCGGACAGUACCACCUAAGGGAAACAAUAGGUUCUGGUGGGUUUGCCAAGGUGAAGCUGGCCUACCAUGGGCUCACAGGGGAUAAAGUGGCAAUCAAAAUCAUGGACAAAAAGUCAUUAGGGGAUGAUCUCCCACGAGUGAAAGUGGAGAUUGAUGCCAUGAAGGAGAUGAACCACCAGCACAUUUGUAGACUCUACCAGGUUGUAGAAACAGAUGAUAAAUUCUUCAUGGUCUUAGAGUAUUGUCCUGGUGGAGAAUUGUUUGAUUACAUCGUUGCCAAAGACAAGUUAUCCGAGGAUGAAGCAAGGAGUUUCUUCCGUCAGAUUGUCUCUUCCGUGGCCUACAUGCACAAGACGGGCUACGCACAUCGAGAUUUGAAACCAGAAAACUUACUACUGGAUGAAGACCAAAACCUGAAGCUGAUUGAUUUUGGCCUCUGCGCAAAGCCAAAGGGAGGUAUAGAUCACCAAUUGUUCACAUGUUGUGGCAGCCCUGCCUACGCUGCACCAGAGUUGAUCGCUGGGAAGGAAUACCAGGGAAAUGAGGCUGAUCUGUGGAGUAUGGGAAUUCUGCUGUAUGCUUUGCUGUGUGGCUUUCUGCCUUUUGAUGAUGAAAAUAUUGCAUCUUUGUACAAGAAAAUAGCAAGUGGUCGCUAUGAUCUUCCAAGUUGGCUGUCCAAGGAGAGUAUACAGAUUUUGGAUGCACUUCUUCAAGUCGAUCCAAAACGACGAAUCACAGUCCAGCAGCUGCUGACACACCCCUGGUUACUGAAACAGGAGAACAUUCCCGUAGAUUAUAGCUCAAAAUAUAAGACAUUUGAACACCUUGAUGAGGACUGUGUCACUGAACUCGCUGUCCAUUAUGGUCAGACCAAGAAAGAAAUGAAAGAACAGCUAUCAGAGUGGAAGUAUAACUACCUUACUGCCACCUAUCUGCUGCUAUUGAACAAAAAAACUUGCAAUAAACCCAUCAGACUUCUACAACAGAAGAAAACACUCAAAGAAAACAAUAAGAACAAGGCACUGAACCAGAGUAAUAGUGACCCAUUCGCCUCGCCAAUGUUCAACACAGUUAAGGUAAACAGAUCGGUGAGGAGACGACUCGAGACAGACAGUAGCGAUAAUGAGGGGAAAGAAAAUUUCAUUGUGCCUCAGACUCCGAGGACCCCCAAGCCUAAGCGCACUAAGAGUCCAUCUUCAACACAAAAGAGAAGAGUUCAUAGGUCACCUACCACUCCUUUAUCUAAUAUGUUAAACACACCAAGCAAACAAAAGACAGAUGAUCAUUUAAUCAAUUCAACGUUGUCGCCAUCACGCUCUAUGGAUUCCCAGCUGAAUGCUAUUGCAAUGAACACUCCAACCAAAACCCCAGUCAGCGCCACAAACAAGUGUUCUUCCAUGGACGGUGGACUGGACAGGACCAGUGAUCGAAGUAGCGGUUUUGACACCCCCAGUAAACGCAAGGGCUUUGGUAGUAUUGAGAAGGGACUGAACAAAAUGAUCAACAUGUUAACACCAAGAAAAAAGAAUGCGGAUGGGCCUAGGAAAGUCAAGCCAAUGCAGAAUGUAUCCAACACAACAUACUAUAAUGCUGAUGGGGUCAUGGACAAAUUGAAAGAAGCAAUCACAGACAAGAGGGUCCACUACAAACAAGUCGGAUACACCCUCAGAUGUAGCGUGAUGGAUGACUGGGGCAAAGUACACCUUGCAUUCGAUUUAGAAGUCUGCCAGCUCCCUAAGACUGAAGCUAUGGGGUCUCUGCUAACAUAUAAAGUCCGAGGCGAGAUGAUUCAACAGAAACUGUGCAGUAAAACUAGAGAGAUUCGAAAAUAUUGGAUGAAAUCAUGGAAAACAUGUACAAUGAGGUUGUGA